GGAUCCGACCCAACGACCCGAAGCCCACUUCUUUCCCCAAAUGUUUUUCUUUUUUUCUUUUUUCAGUUUAAUACUUUUCCUUCUCGUUUUCAUUUUCCUGCUUCGGUAACAAUAAAGAUUUGAACGGUUGAAUGGGAGCUCUGCAACUUGCGAACAAAGUGAUUCAUCCGCUUUUGUACAAAGACACGAAUUGAAACUGAAGUAUUAUGAAUUCAUCGCACUGUCAUCCUCUAUCUCUAUGUCAAACAGCUUCAUGAGCAAAGUAUGAGGUAGCUGGGAAUUGACUUAGCGAAUUUAUGGUUUCUGAAGCACUGCAACAGACUUUCAUGGCUACCAAGCGUUCCUGUACAUCAUCUCUACCCUGGAUUUGGGUGAUUGAAGCACUAGCAAGCUUCAAUGAAAUAGAUACAUCUUUACUCAUCAAUUUGGUUAAGAGGACUCCUGAAAUUUCCGAUGAUCUGGGGAGAAAUGCUAGGGAAAUGGUUUCCUUGAGAGUUUUAGAGAGCUUAUUUGUCCAGAGAAUCCCGAAAGCAAAUAAUGUUGCUUCAGUUCCAGGUGCCAAUAUUGAACUUGAUCCAUCAAAGAGCUGUGAAGAUGUCCUUCGCUGCAUAUUGUUGGAGGCUUCUGCAUCAGAUUUAAAAACAGCAGCGCCUGAGAUGUUGAAAUGGGAUGUUCGGUCAUUCAUUAUGAAAAAGAGAUCUCUCCUGCCGAAGUGUCUUUUGAAACAACUUAAAGAUAACAUUGUAGAUUCUACCAGUCCUCUUUCUGGAUCCUUGAAAAAAAGAAGUCGAUUGGAGUUCGGGAAUCACUCCAGAGAUAGUGUUCCUGUUGAUGCUGUUGAUUCUGAUGGCUUUAAGCAGGGACAUGAAGUAGGAGGCACAAAUACCCAACAUGUUGCACCAACUAGGAACUCGGAUGCUUUUACCCAAGCUGAUAAAAAUACAACAACAUACCCAGUAUAUUCCCACAGUGUGGGGUCCGGGAAGGAUAAUGUGUACGCAGACCUUACCCCUACCUUUUGGAGGACCCAGUCCGAUAAAAAUGGCAAGCAAAAAAGUCAGCUAGGAAGCGCUCUGGUGCGUGCUAAGAGGAGUAUCGAUGCCUCCACUGCUCAUGAAGUAGAAGUCAAUGAAACUGAAGCCAUAUCAGAGAACAGUUCUGAUCCUUGUGCUAAGGCUGCCAAGAAGUUUAAGCAGUUUGUCUUUAGUCCCAUUCGGAACACAGUUCCUGAUUUGCUAUUGUCUGGGAGAGAUGCAUUCCCAGCAGAAUCAUCUGGAGGAAGUCAACCUAUUGUUCAAAACGGGAACUCGAAAGAUGAAGCUCAAGUUGGGGCCUUCGAAGCAAAUGGAGGCCUGAACGAUGGUUGUGCUGAGCAUGCUGCAUCAAGAAGUGGUUUACAUGGAAGUGACUCUAAUCACAAUGAGCUCUUGCCUCAAAGAAUGAGCACAGACCAAAAGUUCCAAAAUAUUGGACGUAGCAGCAAUGGUUGCGCUGAACUUGGAACAUCCAGUGGCUCAUGCCAGCUGGCGAUUCAACAAGAUUCUCGCACUCAUGGAUCCAAACAUGACCUGGAGUUUAAUCUUCCACAAGAUUUGCAACAUGGUGAGCCUUCUAAAGUAGCCAAAGAGAAUAUUGAGCAAAGUCAUGAAUUUGAGUUCUCUAGUGAUACUGAUGAGUAUCACGAUGAGAGCAUUGCUCUUGCUACACAGAAGAAUGAUUUCUUGAGCUCGCAAUGUGCUCAGGGUGAAGAUUCUUUGGCAGCUGCUGAUUGUAGUGAGCUUAAUCUUUGUGUGAAGUGUAAUGUAGGGGGGAAAUUAUUUGUCUGUAGUUCUGACACCUGCCCAUUAAUGGUUCAUGAAAGUUGCUUGGGUUCUGUGCCCAACUUUGAUUACAAAGGGAACUUCUACUGCCCCUUUUGUGCAUAUUCUCGAGCAAUUUCUGAAUACCUGGACGGUAAGAAGAAGGUCUCACUUGCUAGGAAACAUUUGGCUGCAUUUAUUGGCUUGGGAGCUGGACAACAAUCAAAGAAGUCACUACCUAAGUCACAAGGAACGAAACCGCAUCAAUCUCGAGAGGAUAAGAAUGAGCAAUUAUGCCACAAUGAGAAUGGGAGCAGUUCCUUGAAUGAGGUUACAGAAGCAGGAAGUGCUCCAGGCGACAGGAAUUCCGUUGGAGUUCAAAUCAUGCAGACGGGUUCACCUCAACCAGAGGCUUCUGCACCUGAACAAUGCUUGGUAGCUGGUCAACAACCUGAAGGAUCAGAACUUAGAUGUCAUAGAUCUAAGCAGAAUCAGUCCAGAGAGGAAGAAGAGUUGUGUCAUAAUGGGAAUGGAAACAAGAAUUCUUUGAAGAAGGCUGAAGAAGCGGGAAGUGGUCCUGUUAAUAGAAAUUCUACGAAUGCUGAACUCAUGCAGAUGCAUCCACCUCAACCACCUGUUUCUCAUGAACCUGUGUGUCAAGGAAGUUCUUCUAUAGAAGAAAAUUCUGAAGAAGAUGAGAUUGGUUCCAGAUAUCGUGUACAAUUUAGGAAUCCAGAGAAGAAGCAUACCUUUCCCAUAACACCUCAAUUGAGGAGGAAGAAGGUCCAAUGGACAAAGAUAGAGGAGGAAACGUUAAAGGUACACGCAUCUUCUUUCUGUCUAAAUUUGCUAGUUCUCUCCUUGAAAAGCUGGUAAGAAGGCACGAGUUAUUCUAA